UAAACUUGUUUUAUCAAUGUUGCUUACAUCAAUGUUGCAGGUAAUGCAUAUUACACAACUGGUGUGGAUUUGUUUCUCCUUGAAUUUUAAAACUAUUGACAAAAGGUGAGAUACAAUAACUAAAUGUACUAUUAUAACCAAGCUCAAUGCUGUAUGAUUUAUUUUUUAUGUUGUAGAUUCAUGAUUUACUGAAGUAUAAAAUCUCCUGGCCCACAUGACUGUCUCCCGGGACAGACAAACCAGUAAUGAAAGAGUUGGCACCCAUUGACGGUGAUUACUCUGCAUGUCAGUUCAAAUUAAUGCGGAGAACACGGAGUCUAAAUCAACACAAAAAUCUAAAAGUGCACAUUUUAGGGAAGGGGAAAAAUCAUCAGAUACCAACAUUUAUGCAGCUAACUAAAAUCAACACAUCUAAAGCUAGCUGGAAGCUUAGUCAGAAAGAAAGGCCUGUUUCCAUAUUUUUUCCCCUUUGUUAUCACAUAUUGUCUCCCUAUGUGUGCAAUGGUAUCACCCGAUGUUAUUCGUGACUGAAGAAUUCCGAUUAGUUUUGCUGCAAGCACAAUCAGUGCCAUAAAAUGAGCCGACACAAUCGGUCCGUACAAGUGUCACGAUCUCCCUGUAUCAGAGCAGCAGAGCUUUUUGAGGAAAGGUUAGCUGCUUUUACUGUUGGGAAAGUCAGUCGGGUCCACACUGAACAACAGUUCAUCAUACUAGUUUAAAUCUACCAUGUACCCUGAUGGUACGACAAGCACCCAGGAUGACUAGUCUGUGUGUGCUGCUGCUCUGUACCACACUGCUGUGUUUCACCAGUACAUGGGGCUGUCCUGACGGGUGCGAGUGUCUGGUCAGCUUUGUGAACUGUCAGGCCGCGGGACUGACUUCCGUCCCAACGGACCUGCCGCUCGACACUGACCAUCUGGACUUCACGGAAAACAACCUGACCUACAUCCACGCAGACACCUUUAAACAGCUCUCACAAAUACAGCAACUCUACCUGGCUGGGAACCAAAUUACGGACAUUGAGUUUAGGGCACUGUCCAUGCUUAAACACUUGAAAAUACUUGAUCUGAGGCACAACAAGUUGACAGAAUUGCGGGAAUACUACUUUACUGGGCUGAGCAAGCUGCGACAGUUGUUUCUUGUGGGUAAUAUCAUCACAAAGGUGGAUUCCAUGGCAUUUAGUGGACUUUUCAGAAUUGAAAAAAUCUACCUCGGGAAAAAUGAGCUAACAAGUUUUCCCUGGGCUUCUCUCUUCCUGUUACCAAUGCUGGAGCAACUGGAUCUGACAGAAAACAGAAUCCAGGUCCUGGAUCCCAAGAUCCGAAACAUGCCUCAAGCCAAUGCGCUUUUUCUGCAUGACAACCCGUACAGGUGCAACUGUCAGAUGAGGUGGUUUGAGGAGUGGCUGAAUUCCGGGUUAGUUCCCCAGGGAAUGGAUGCAUACCGCAAUUUGUACAAAUGCCACCUUCCCGAGAGUUUGCGCCAGGACAAAAUUGUCUCUCUAAAACAGGAAGACUUUUACUGUGCUCCGCCUGCGCUAACUGUUUAUUCCAAGACAGUUGUCGUGGAGAACGGGAUGCCAGCUUCGCUCUGCUGUCAUAUGACUAGUGGGUCUCCCACAGACGUUCAAUGGCUGACAGCACACAACAUCACUAUCAACAGGAAUACAUCCCUGGGGCGUAUAUGGACAGAGGGGAACUGCCUACACAUCAGGUCCGUGAUUAACAUGGAUGUUGGUGAGUACGUCUGCACCGUGACAAACCAAGGUGGAGCUGUAUCAGCAUCGCUGUCCUUGGACAUAGGGCAGCCAAGAACCGAGCAGUACAAUGUCAAUGCAAAUACCACUAGCGAGGAAGAAAUGACCGUCACCAUUGACCGUACAGAGGUGUUCAUCCUCUGUGGGUUCAGCUCAGGCUCAUUGGUGUUUGUGGCCAUGUAUCUGUUUAUCAAAUGGCCAAACGUCGGACCUUGCAAGUCCAACAAGGCCCCUCACCACCCCCCUGCUCAUGGCGGCAUUGGUUGCUUCCAGUAGUAUCACUGGGAAUGCCGUGGUGUUGGCAGAUACCAAGCCACAGCACAAACAGGGGGGUACAGAUGGAGGGGCAGGUAAGAAGGUUAGGAUAGUUGAGCCAGAGAAUGGAGCCUGUGGUCAGGAAAUGGUCAUCUCCAAGGAGAAGACUCGCUCUACAAGUCUGGUAUAAGCAGCGUGGCGUGAGUAAUGGAGACAGUGUCAGACAUCUCAAUUUUGUAGUGUGUAAAAAACUUCCUUGCAUCAAUUCUUGUGUGUACAAAGAGUAGAACCAGGACAUAGUUGAGUUGUAUAGCAUAGUACAUGCAGCUCUUGACUUCACACUAAAACUAACAAUUGAUUUUUGUUUGAAAAGAUUGAAGUUCAGUGAUAUAUAUUAUUGCAUGUAGACAAAACAUAUAGGAUUUGUACAUUAUCUAAUCUUGUAAGUUGUAAGGUAGGUCAAAUGAGGGUCAUAAUCAUGUGUUAGAUGUGAAAGGGUUCAAACCAUGCAGUUCCUUGUAUGUUACUAGUAGCAUGUUACAGUAAAAUGUUGCUAAGAAGUAGUAAAUCAUUUGAAUGUCAGGGAAAGGUGGUUCUGAU